AUGUCUGGCCUCCUCCGGUGGAGGCGCCUCGCCGCCGCAGCCACGCGCGCCGCCUCCACCCUGACCGCAGCCGAAUGCUCCCCUGCCAUCGCGGCGGUCCCGCCACCGCACCGGCUCCUCCAGGAUCGGCGCAAGUGGGAGGGCCCCUCGUCCUCCGGGGGCGGCUCCUCCUCGUCCUCCUCUAACGACGAGCCGGAGCCGCGGCGUAUCCGCGCGGAGGCCCACUGCCCGCGCUGCUCCAAGCACAUGGACAUCCUCUUCUCCCACCGCGCCCACCCCCCUUCAGCCCCCGCCGCUGUCGGCGGCUAUCAGACGCUCAACCUCUGUCCCAACUGCCGCACCGCCUACUUCUUCCACCCCAACCACCUCGCGCCACUUCAGGGCACCUUCGUCGAGAUCGGCCGCGUCCGGGCUGACCUGCCCCCGGACGGUGUCAGGGUCAGGGACCCCUCCUCAUGGGAAGCCAUCCGUGCGAGCUCGUCUUCGCGCGACGAUGGGGAUGGUAGUGGCGUGGCCGUGCAUGUGCCGCCCGGGCCACCGUUCCACCCUAGCCUUAACGUCGUCCGCGUAGCCGGAGGCGGUGGCGGGGGAGGAACUGCUGGCGGUGGGGGCGAGGAGGGAGGGGGAAAAGACGGAUGGGGCGGGUCGAACCUUGGGAAGGAUUUUCCGACACCUAAGGAGAUUUCCAAGGGGCUCGAUAAGUAUGUGAUUGGGCAAGACCGAGCCAAGAAGGUGCUAUCUGUUGCAGUGUACAACCACUAUAAACGUAUAUACCAUCAGUCUCUACAGAAAGGGUCUGGAGCAGAUUUGGGUUGUUCUGAUGGAGAAGCUGAUGGUGAAGACAAUGUUGAACUAGAGAAAAGCAAUAUACUGUUAAUGGGCCCUACUGGUUCAGGUAAAACUUUGCUUGCAAAGACAUUAGCUCGGUUUGUAAAUGUGCCAUUUGUAAUUGCUGAUGCAACAACAUUGACCCAGGCAGGGUAUGUAGGAGAAGAUGUAGAAUCUAUAUUGUACAAGUUACUUACGGUGGCAGAUUUUAAUGUGCAAGCAGCACAACAAGGGAUGGUGUACAUUGAUGAAGUUGAUAAGAUCACUAAGAAGGCUGAGAGCCUUAACAUCAGUAGAGAUGUAUCAGGCGAAGGUGUUCAGCAGGCUUUGUUGAAAAUGCUGGAAGGCACGAUAGUCAAUGUCCCUGAGAAAGGAGCAAGGAAGCAUCCUCGUGGCGAUAAUAUACAGAUAGAUACGAAGGAUAUUCUGUUUAUAUGCGGGGGUGCUUUCAUUGACUUGGAGAAAACUAUAUCAGAGAGGCGGCAGGAUUCUUCUAUUGGAUUUGGGGCACCUGUCCGUGCAAGCAUGAGGACUAGUGGUAUUUCAAGUGCUCAAGUGACAUCGUCCUUGUUAGAAUCAGUUGAGAGCGGUGAUCUUAUAGCAUAUGGACUCAUUCCGGAGUUCAUUGGACGUUUUCCUAUCCUUGUCAGCUUGGCAGCACUAAAUGAGGACCAACUUGUUCAGGUUCUCACCGAGCCAAAGAAUGCUCUAGGUAAACAAUUCAAGAAGUUGUUCAGCAUGAAUAAUGUUAAGCUUCACUUCACGGAUGCUGCACUACAAAUAAUUGCCCAGAAGGCAAUGUGCAAAAAUACAGGUGCACGGGGCUUAAGGACUAUCCUUGAGAAUAUUCUCAUGGAUUCCAUGUAUGAGAUUCCAGAUACAAAAUCUGGAGAGAAGCGAAUUGACGCAGUGGUUGUAGAUGAAGGUGCAGUAGGAUUGGUGGACCGACCUGGCUGUGGAGCUAAGAUCCUUUACGGCGAUGGUGCAUUUGAUCGUUAUCUAUCCCAGAUAAAGGCAAUGGGAGACGGAGCAGGAAGCGAAGCUGUCUGGCCGUCCUGCCUCACGCCUUGCAUAAUCUGUAGCAGGAUUGGGAAGUGUAUAGUGGAGCAAGUUGGGUGUCGACGUGUGUGUGAAGGUGAGAGACUUUUUAUGUGA